AUGUGCACUCUCCAACCCACCACCACCCAGUCUCCUCUUAGGGUUUCAAUGGGGAGAUCUCCCUGCUGUGAUGAGCAUGGCCUUAAGAAAGGUCCCUGGACUCCUGAAGAAGACCAGAAGCUGGUCCAAUACAUUCAAAAGCAUGGCCAUGGCAGCUGGAGAGCACUCCCAAAACUUGCAGGACUUAAUCGAUGCGGCAAGAGCUGCAGGCUCAGAUGGACCAACUACUUGAGGCCAGACAUCAAGAGAGGCAACUUCUCCCCAGAAGAAGAGCAAACCAUUCUCAACCUCCAUUCCAUCCUAGGCAACAAGUGGUCUGCAAUCGCAAUGCACCUUCCCGGGCGGACCGACAACGAGAUCAAGAACUUGUGGCACACUCACCUCAAGAAGAAGCUGAUCCAAAUGGGUUUUGACCCGAUGACGCACCGCCCGAGGACCGACUUCUUCACUGCCCUUCCCCAGCUGUUGGCUCUGCUCCAGCUCCACCAGCUCAUGAACAGCCACCCACAGGACGACGACCACGCUGCACGGCUCCAGGUGUUGGAGGCAAUCCAGGCUGCAAAGCUCCAGUAUUUUCAAUGCCUGACACAGUCGGUCAGUGCCACCUCAAAUAACUGCUACAACUGUAGUGACUUGGAGACCAUAAGCCUGUUUAGUUCUCAGAUGACUUCGUCUUUCCCUUCUCACAAUCCUCCUCAGAAUAUUGAUAGCAGCAACCAAUUGGCAUCCUUCUUUGAGCCACCUGAAAGCAAUGAUACCAAACAAUGCUCAAACUUUUCUGGGUUUAACCAGGGAGAGAACAACAAGCCAAGAACACCAUUUGCAUCACCUCUUCCUCCUCUCACUGACGUCUCGGUUGCCAACCAGGGGGAUGGUUGUAGUAUUACUAGCUGUGAUGGAAAUGGGACUCCUUUCUGCUGGCCUGAGAUCAUGCUUGAUGACCAAUUUAUGAGCGAGUUCAUCUAA